AUGGCGAAAAGCACCUUUGGCGCUCCCAUGCGGGAGCUGUUCCUGUUCGACCCCCAAUACAAGAACCUCAACCACGGCUCCUACGGAACAUACCCUCGCGCCGUGCAGGCCGCGCUGCGCGGGUUCCAAGACGAGGCCGAAGCCCGAACAGACACGUUCAUCCGGUACACGACGCCUCCAGCCCUGGACGCCUCGCGCACCGCGGUGGCGAAGAUCCUCAACGUUCCACGGCGGGAAUGCGUGUUCGUCAAGAACGCCACGACGGGCGUGAACACGGUGCUGCGGAACCUGCGGUUCUCCCCCGGCGACGUCCUCCUCUACUUUGAUACCGUGUACGGCGCGGUCGAGAUGGGCAUCACCUCCCUGCGCGAGACGACGGAGAACCUCCUCGUCCGCAAGGUGGAGUAUACGUUCCCCGUCUCGCAUGGGCAACUGGUCCAGCAGUUCAGGGAGGUGAUUGAUGCUGUACGUCGCGACGGGCUGAACCCGCGGAUUGCCCUGUUCGACGUCAUUGUCAGUGUGCCGGGCGUGAGGUUCCCCUUUGAGGCUUUGACGGGCGUGUGUCGAGAGGAGGGGAUCCUAAGCUUGAUCGACGGGGCGCAUGGGAUCGGCCAUAUCCCUAUUGAUCUGGGGGUUCUGCAGCCUGAUUUCUUCACGAGUAAUUGUCAUAAAUGGCUGUUCACCCCCCGUGGAUGUGCAGUGCUGUACGUCGCUCAACGGAACCAGCAUCUCAUCCGCACCACUCUCCCAACCUCCUGGGGCUUCAUCCCCGAGACCUCCGAGACAGGGGCGUCGGUCCCAGACGGAGAAAACACCCCCUUUGAGAAGCUGUUCGAGUUCGUCGCCACAACAGACGACACGGCGUACAUGUGUGUCCCGGCGGCGGUCAAGUUUCGUGAAGAGCUCUGCGGCGGCGAGGACCAGAUCACAUCCUACAUGGAAUCCCUCGCUAGGGAGGGCGGCGAUCUCGUCGCUGCCAUCCUGGGCACCGAGGUCCUCCAGGAGACAGAUCUGCAGCCGGGCGAGAAGAGCCAGCUGCGUCGGUGUGCGAUGGCGAAUAUUCGCGUCCCCGUUGACAUCGAGGAUAUCCCCGAUGUGCCUGCUGCCUGUGCCUGGCUGCAGAAGACGCUCAACGACGAAUACAAUACCUUUGUGCCCUUUUAUCCGCAUGGGGGUGCGCUGUGGUUCCGCGUUUGUGCGCAGGUGUAUUUGGAGAAAUCGGAUUUCCAGUGGCUGGGCGAGGUUUUGAAGGAGCUGGUCGCCAAGUUCAAGGGGAAGAAGGUUGACUUGCCUUUACGAUGA